AUCAUCGACACCAGGGAUUGCAAAAUCACCACUGUCCCAGAGAACUUGCAGCCCUCAGGUGCGUGCUGUGCACGACACUAGGGCAACCAGGGCCGUCCAUCCAGAUGUCCUCAUUGCGCGUCGCCCCUGUCGAUACCACACAACCUGUCAUUCACGAUGUCUUCGAGUCAAGGACAGGAACCUGGCAGUACGUCGUUGCAGACCCAGCGACGAAAGCGGCUGUCAUCAUUGACCCGGUCUUGGAUUAUGACCGCACAACUCAGAUUAUCACCACUUCUUCAGCUGACGAGUUGCUUCGACUGGUCAAGGAAAAGGGCUACCGAGUCUUGCGGAUUCUAGAAACUCAUGCACAUGCAGAUCACCUCACUGCAGCUUCGUACCUACAGAAGCGCAUCGCAGAGGAGCAUGGUAACAAGCCACAGAUCGGCAUCGGACGGCGCAUCGGACAGGUACAAGAUUUAUUCGGCCAACGAUAUGACGUGCCCAGCCAAGAGCGUCAUGGUGUUUUUGACAAACUCUUUGAAGACGAUGAGACUUUUAGCAUUGGUAACCUGAGCGCAACUGCCAUUCAUCUCCCCGGGCAUACGCCCGACCAUCUGGGCUAUAAGAUCGGAGACAAUGUGUUCUGCGGUGACUCUCUUUUCCACGUGGACAUUGGGACUGCUCGAUGUGAUUUUCCUGGGGGAAGCGCCAACAACCUUUAUCACUCGGGCCGCAGGCUUCUUAGUCUUCCAGAUCACGUCAAAGUUUGGACAGGUCAUGACUAUCCUCCGGACGAUAGAGAAAGUCCGGUGCCAUGGAUGACAGUCAGCGACCACAGAAAGCUAAACAAACACUUGCGGGACGGUAUCACCGAAGAGGAAUUCGUUGCGCAACGCAAAGAGCGCGAUGCUAAGCUCGGUGAGCCAAAGCUACUUCAUCAGUCUCUGCAGACAAACAUCCGUGCUGGCAAGCUGCCACAACCAACGGCUUCUGGGCACCGCAUGCUUCGUGUGCCUAUGAAACUUGGAGACCUGCAGUGGUGAUCAACAAGAUGCCGUUGGCGGUGGUCGGGAACGCGAGCACUGGUUCGGCUAUCUACGGAGACUCGCGCCGCGCGAAUGGACGGUCUUGAGUGUGCUGGGGGUACGAAACUUGGUGGCUAUCAUGAGAGCCUCAUUCUCGGCUUCAUGUAAUGGAGAUUGGGCAAUUGACGGCCUGUUGUGACAUGCCUUUGAGAACUACUGUAUCUGGCCGCGCCCGGGAUGUGGAUAAUAGAAGGGGUAGGCUUUUACAGAAACCCCAUUGACAAGCGAGGGAAACGGCUAAUUCAUUGCACUCACCUAACUUUU